AUGCCGGAAAAUGAAAGAAUGUACAUCUCCUAUAAUAAUAUUCACAAGCUUUGCCAGACAGUGGCCAGGCAUAUUCUAGAUAGAGAUGAAAGGCCUGAUGUUAUUAUCGCUAUCACUGGUGGUGGUAUGAUUCCUGCAAGAAUUAUCAGGUCAUUUCUGAAAAAUAAAGGUCAAAAAAAUAUUCCUAUUCAAGCUAUUGGUUUGUCUUUGUAUGAAGACUUAGGGUUAGAUAAUGGUGCAGAAUCUAUCGGUAAAGAGGUUGUUAGGACACAGUGGCUGGAUUUUGGUGCACUGAACCAACACUUUGAUUCCUUAAUCGGUAAGAGAGUUCUAAUUGUUGAUGAAGUUGACGAUACUAGAACUACUCUCUAUUAUGCUGUUUCUGAAUUAGAAAAAGAAAUUGCGGAACAACAAAUUAUCUUAAAUAGAAAGAAUGAAGAAACCGUAUUUUCUAUCUUUGUCUUGCAUAAUAAAGACAAGCCAAAAAGAGCGGCAUUACCUGAUUCUAUGAUGAAUUCUGGACGUUAUAUUGCUGCGCAAACCGUUCCUGACGGGUGGUUGUGUUAUCCCUGGGACGCUGAAGACAUCGAAGAACAUACUGUGCUCGCUAAAGCCCAAGGUAAUGAUUAA